GAUGCCUCAUCCCAAAAUCCCGCAUUCUUGCGCGUAGAUGACCAUGCUAGGCAAAGUAAAAUCGCCACCUCCCGCUCACUUAUUUAUGACGGUGGCUAUGGCGUUCGCAGCAACCCCGUUGAAAGCCUACUGAAAGAGCACUCGUUGGUGCCCACCUCUAAUGCAUUUUCAGAGAGGCUGGGAUGCAUUGGAUUCAAUUUGUUUGCUAUGCUCAUCAUAGACCUCCUGCAUGAGUUUGAGCUUGGGGUCUGGAAAGCCCUGUUUAUCCACCUGAUACGUACAGUGGCUCAAAAAACUGUCCGCAUGUUUUGA